GGGGAUUUCCUAUGGUGGGGGAGGGGCCAAGACUAGGUAUGACACAGAGGCAAGAAGGAGAGAAAAGGCUACCGAGGCAGGCGAGGUGGGCAAACUCCCGACCGCAGCAGGACUGAUUAACAUAGCUGCCGGUAGCCGUCCAGGACUGAGACACUGCAUCUUUGACAUCGAAAAUUCUCCGGCUUGGUUAUGCCGAAGAAAAGACAUCACGUCCAGUACUCCAAGCCCCAGUCCACAGCACCAGCUUCACUCAGUAGCAGCAGAGGCAGUAGCAGCCAUGAUGGUCAUUCAGGACGCGGCGUCAACGAACUCCUCGCAGAUUUGCGACGAGUGAGUCUUCGGUCGCACCAGCCAACAGAUUCCCAGUCUGUUGCAGGUGCCCCGACCGUUCCCCCCGCGAUCCGGCGCAUUCUCCAGCUGCCUGAGCACCCUCCACCCGCCCCUCGUCGGCCGAUCAGGGUUGGUCCCAACGGCCGCCGCCUCCCCCCCGGCCCUGCCCCUCCUCGGAGCUGGCUGUCCGCCCCAGCCCAUGCUCCUCCUCAACACGUCUCGGGGGCUGGCGUCGUCGAGAACUUUCAGCGUCAUGGUCUGCCCGGCGCAUAUCUGCCGGCCCGCAGUAGCCUGACCGACCUUGCUCUGCGCAAGCUCACGAUCGACUGGGAGUUUCAGCGUUCCUACAACCGCUACUACCUCUACGGGCUGCCGUGCCAGCUAAAGGUCGCUUUAAUCACAUAUCUGGGCAUGUGCUACAGCGGCGGGGUAUCGCUGGCCGACCUGCGAGCCAUUCUCCUACCCUCUCCCGAGGUCUUCGAAGACGGCGAGGCUGAUGGCGGUGACCCUCUCCCCAGCCCCAGCUCUGCGAACGAGUACAUCUUCCAUCUCGACCUGACCGGUUCGCCGGGCCGGUCGAUCAAGCUGCGCGAGCUAUCCGACCUGCUCUUCCCCUCCGCGCCGCCAGCAGCGGGGCAGGCAAUCGACCUCCAGGAAUCCUGGGACGCCGCCCCCUUCGACCCCGGCGGCGUCCAGCGGCCCCUGCUCCCCAACCUCACCCACCUAUCCCUCGCGGUGGCGCCGCAGACCUCGCCGUCGGCCGUCUCGUGGCGGCAGCUCCUGUCGCUCGCAUCCCACCUCCCGACCCUCACGCACCUGAGCCUGGCCUACUGGCCGGAGCCGUCGCUGACGCCCAACGCCAGGCUCGCCGGCUCGGUGGUGGUGGAUCCGGGGGGCCGGUCCGGGUCCGGCCGCAUCCCGUACGGCGGCACGGGCCCGUACAGCCACUCGCUCGACGGGGACUGGUCCGAGGCGGUGGUGCUGCUGCGGAGGCUGGCGAAGAACCUCUACGGCCUCGAGUGCCUCGACCUGACGGGCUGCGCGCCGUGGUUCCCAGCCCUGAUGGCGGCCGAGCCGGGCUGCGACGCCGUCGACUGGGUCGGCGACUGGGGGAAGGUCGGGAGGCUGCUGCUGCAUCCUGGGUUUCGGCUGGGAGAAGGGGCGGGGCGGGCGGAGAGGGAGAGGUUCGUUGAGGCGGUCGAGGUGGCUGGGAGGGUGGAGAGGCAUAUCCGGGCGAGGAGGGCUGGGAGGGGGAGGUGGAUUGCUGUCGAGACGGAUGCGCUGCCCGGGGAUGCUUAGCUGGGGUCCGACGGGCUUCUCAUGAGUUGGAUAGGCAGUAAUGAUACAUCUAUUUGCGCUCUCGCUUGCCGUGAACAAGAAGUGCGCUAUCCUUUCCCAAAUGCGUGUCUUAUAACGGCGAAGGAAAGAAGGUCGCACAUAUGCCCAAUUAUUCCCGAGGUCAUGGGCAAUGGAUAUGCUACUACUCUGCGAGGUUCUUCUCCUCCCGGGUGUGCCAAA